AAUUACUACAAACAUUUUUCUCUUCGCGAGCUCAAUCGAAAGUAGACAACCUGAACUUGUUUCUUUGGAUUAACAUGCUAUGCUGACAGUCGCAAUGUAUAACAGUUUCCAUAUCUGAACGUUUUGAAAGCUUUAUGGUUAUCGGUGAUGAUGAUAAUUUAGUUUGAAGAGUAAGAAUAUAGAUAUGACAAUGCUGAGACUACGCAAGAAUCUUUCUAAAGUUGGAUUACUCUUUGUAUUGUGCUGCAGUCUGGUAGAUAGUGACUCUGAUGUUGACGCAGGUACUACAGUAGAUAAUCAAGACGCUAUGAUAACACUUGCAACAACUGUGUCAAAUUCCGCUAGCGAUAAUUCCCCAUUAAUACCUCCUUCGCCGAAAGAAUAUACAGAAUAUAACGAGGAUGAUGAUAUGUAUCUUUUUGGAGAUUACUUAAAUAGUGUUGAUGAAAAACAAUCCGUAUCAAGCCAGGACCAGCAGGCAGUUUCCUCAGUUGAUGAUGUGAAAACUGAAAGCACAGGAAAGGUAGAGACAUCUAGCUACUAUCCUGAUUCAUAUAUAGAAGAUUCAGAGGAAGCCGAUGAUUUGGCGAUGUAUGCACCACAGAAUGCGGUUGAGAUAAAGGACAUUGAGUCUUCUAAUGGGAAAGAGAUGUCAGGUGGAUCAGACAUUAGUGAAGCCAAUGAAGACGUUUCAUCGACCAUUGAAAAUGUCCACUCUGACAAUGUGGGUGGUAGCGAUAGUGUUUCUAGUAGUGAAGAAUCUAGCAGCAGCGAAAGUUCAAGUGGAGAGUCAGAUGAUUCUCACAGUAAAUCAGAUAGUUCUGAUGAAUCAGAAAGCAGUAGCGAUAGUGAUGUUGACAGCGUAUCUGGAGAUGAGGAUGAAACUGACGAAAACAACGAUGUCAUUGAUAUUGAAGCGGAGAAUGAAUUUCAUCUUACUGGUUCUUCUGUAGAUUCUAGUAAUUCUGAAGAAGAUUCAUCUGGCGGAGACUCGAAGUCGAAAAAGAAUUGCAAAUGUAAAAAAGAGGGCGGUAAUGAAGGGGACUCAGGAUCAAAGGAAGGUAGUGACGGAACGGAAAGUGGAAGUGGCGAGGCUUCAAGUGGAACAAGCAAUGAAAGCUCACCACGUGGUGGUAACGUCGGUGAUGAAGGCGACUCCAGUACAGAAGAAGGUUAUCACUCUUCUUCCAGCGAAGAAUUCAGUAGCAGUGAAAGUAACGAGGACUACGAGAAACCCGGCAUACCAGAUUCCCCUAAACAGACUGUAGACCAUGGAUUAGAUAAAGAGAAAAAUGACUAUAGUACUUCAAUCCAUCAUUUCUUCACUAAAAAAACCAACACUGUGGUAAAGGUUGUGAAUACACAUUCUUCAAAUACUCCAUUUAGCCCAUCGGGAUCGGAUUUAUCUCGAAACUCUGACUCUCCUCCACUUCCACAGUCAAGCACUAGUCCGAACCCUACCUCUCCAAAAUCAUACUUUAUCAUCCAGUUGACCACUACACCACCACCAGUCGGGAGUGAUCCACCCAUCAACAACAUUGAAAAUAAGGGUAUUCCUAAAUGGUAUGAAGAUCUUCUACGCAAACGAGAGUAUGUUGAACAGCCUGUUAUACGUGACUACAUUCUUACUCCUAAAACCUCCUUCUGGCAACCUCCUGAUGUUGCUAAACCCCCAGACUGGCAAGAUCAGAAAGAAUGGAUAAAUAUUAAAAUCAACCUGGAAAAACCUGCACAUUGGAUAGAUGAUCCAAACUCCAACGGGAGUAUUCCACGCUGGAACAUUCCAUAUAUCCCACCUGAUUGGUUCAAGAGAAACAACGAAAAGACCACCACCCAACUUAAUUUUGAGCUGACUACACCCGAUCCCAAGAUGGUUCAUUGGUCGCCGAAGCCGGAGGAGCGCGACAGGACGACCCAUAUCCCAGAGUACCUUGCCAGGAAACGAGUUUGUGACAGAAAAUUUGACAUCGUGUUGGCGAUAGAUGGUACCGGAAAUGAAAAAGACUUCGGGUACUUGAAAGGAGCUCUAGUGCAGCUCUUGGAUCGUCUAAUUAUGGGAGAAAGUAAAGUUCAAGUUGGUGUGGUGUUGCUGGGUAAUAAUGAUGGUAUACAGAUCCCUAUUAGUGGAAAUCGGUCAGAACUAGAAGAUCAAAUCGCAAGAUUAGGUUUACCUGAUGAUAGCAACAGAUAUGAUAUUGCGCUGAAGUCGGCUGGGGAACUUGUUGCUAGAGAGGGCAGGGGUGGAGUUCCAAAGGUUGUGAUCAUGAUUGUAAACGGUAAAUCUCGAUAUGAAUACCAUACUCGAAUGGAAGCAGCACGCCUUCACCGAAGUGGAAUAUCUGUCUUCACCGUCGGUGUGGGCUACAAUACCAAUGAGGAAGAGUUAAAAACCAUAUCCUCUAGUCAGAACGAGAUUAUCCGAGUGAAGAACUACAUCCAUCUUGUUUACCUAAUGACAGGGUAUGUCCAACUGUUUUGCAAUGUGGAGGACAACUAUCUAACUCCGCCCACUCUUGCUCCACCUCAACAAACAGCAAAGCCAAAAGCCAGAAUAGUCGCAAAAUUAACAACAGAUGUUAUGUCCGAACCAAGUCCCGAAAAAGCAAAAGUACUCUGUGAGGGUUGUAAAAUGAUCAAUGGUGCUGGAUUCAACAGUCACCUUAGCGAAUGUGACUUAUUUGUUCAUUGUUAUUUCGGAGAACUGGGUCUGCGAGCAAUCAUUCGACGAUGUCCUGUUGGACAAUUCUGGAAUCAAACCAUUCUAUCCUGUCAAUAUUCAGAACGAGCAUAUUGUCCGAUGGACCGUUGCAGCCAUAUGCGAGAGUGGGAGUACGAAGACCCAGAGAAUUGUCGCUCAUAUUGGGAGUGCUCAAAUGGCCUUUCAAGGGGAAAAUGUUGUAGGUAUGGAUAUCAUUACGUCAAAGGUGAUGGCUGUAUCAGAGACAUUGACAACACUUGUCGAAAAAGCUGCCCAAUGGAUUCACCUGUGGAUCUUAAUUCCAAUGUAAACACUCCAACUAAAUCAUGCGAUAAAAUUCCAAUUGCUAAUGACAAGAAGAACUACCAACAGCUAUCGCCAGGGACUGGAUAUGUUACUAUGCCAUGCCCAGAGGGGACACAGUACAAUGAAAGACUGUGUACUUGUUCUGUACAGGGGCCCGAUUAUCCUACCUUUACUAGCCCUUACAUUCAAGAACCUGCUGUAGGUUGCACACCCGAGGUGAAAUUGGACUUCAGUAGUGAUGUCAGAGAUAUUUCCGGAAAAUGGACAUACAUAAACAACCUAGGAGUAGAAGUUGAGAAUGGAAUGGCACUCUUUAACGGGAACAGUCGACUGCUGAUACCCAGGUUCACGAAUGUUGACUUCGGAAAAACCUUUGUGAUCCGCCUUCGAUACAAGGAACUGGAGAAAUUGAAAUUCAACGAAUCUCAGGCAUUGGUGAACAAUGGUGACUGUGGUGAUUUUGGAUCCGUCCAAAUAUUUACCAAACGAAAUUCCAUCGGAUACGUUGUAAAAACAACGGAAGAGCCUAAUCACGUUUCCCUACAACGCCAUAAACCGCAAUCAAAGUGGAAGGAUAUAGAAUAUAUUGUGUCAGAUCAAAAGUUUGAAGGUAUCUUAAAUGGAGUACACGCGACCAAAUGGUCAAAAGGUUCAAUAGAAUCACGACAAUGUGCUCUCCAAAUCGGCUUUGGACAUGGCUAUAAUAACUUCAGAGGGCACUUAUCUAUGUUGGAAAUCUAUCUAUGCAAACCAGAGAAACCUAUGAAGUAUUCUUGAUGACCUCACAUCCCUUACUAUAACAAGAAAUCCAGAAUUUAAAGAAACAGCCCAUCUUAUCUUUGCUUUAGGAUCACUGGGCAUACAAGCAAAGCACAUCAUUCAAAGUGCUUCUGGAUUCCAAUCUUCCAAAUGACAUUUAAAAGAAAUCCUCCUCGCUUUCAGCAUGUCGUUUCACACACGCAAAACAAGCCAAUUUAUUUACUCAAAAGCAGCUUCGUUUUACUGUGUAUAUUGAAAUACAUUGUAUAUAUACCUCAUAUAUGUCGAAAAUGUAUACUUGUAUACAUAAGAGCUAUUAUAGAAUGGAUAAUCAAAUCUAAUCCUAUUCAUUAUUUGCCACAGAUACAUUCAAUUUUGAAUCAUAUUUCUUGCAACAUGUAUUCAAUGAAUUUAUGGGAUCGGGCAGCAGACGUAACCUGCACGAGCCCUCUCCCAAAUAUCAACACUAUAUAAUGAGGCAAUCGUGGUUAGCAAAGUAUUAAACUUUGAAAUAGAAUCCUGUUAUUCUUUAACAAUGAUCAUAUUAAUUAUUGAUUACUAGUAUGAUUGUGUUGAUAGAUAUUGUGAUAUUACAAGUAUGAUAUAUGAAUCGUGUAAAAACUUAGUGUAUAUGUCAAGAAUAAUGUGUUGUUUAAUAUUACAUUUUGUUAUAUUUUAAAUAAUUCAUGAAAAUCUC